GUCAGUCAGUCAGUCAGUCAGUCAGGCGGCCAUCCUUGGCGAGCGAGCGAGCGCGGGAGGGACGGAGGGAGGGGCCGGGCCGGGCCAGGCCUUCGGGGAGGGGCCCCGAUCCCGCUCCUUCUUCCCUUCCUUUCCCGCUUCUUCUCUCUCUGGAAUCCCGGGGAAACAAGGGCUCCGUCCCCAAGGCUGCCGCGGGAUCGGGGCCCGGCUCCCCGGAUGGCCGUCGGCGCCGCCUCCCCGCAGGUGCUGGUGCGGUGCGAAGACACGGCUCUCUACCCGGCGCCCGAACGGUGGCGAGGCUGGGCGGUGCAUGCGGACGCCAUGCGGGAGAACUUUGGCUCCACCAUCGCUCUGGGAUCUCCGGUGGCCAAACCUGAAUUGGUGGCCCAGAUCGAGGAUGGCCGUCUCCUUCCAGCCAAGGGUCAAGGGGAUGCCGGCCCGAGGGGGCUCCCGGGGGCUGCCAAUGCAGGAUCUGCAGCCCCGGAGAUGGGAAGUGAGGCGAAGAAGGGCCACCCGCCCCCACUGUCAUUGCCGCCAACACCGGGGGGACUGGACCAGCGAGGGGUGGGAGAAUCAAAGCCGCCGGAGAGGAGUUGCCCAGCAGGCGAGUGGCUGAUCCGGACGGUGAAGGUGGAGGCCGAGGACUACACGGAGUGGCCGGCUGGCCUGAGCGCGGAGGUGCUUUUCUCGGGGGUCCCUCCAGGGAGCGUCUGCAAGGCGGAGGGCCCGCCCCCCCGGGUGGAGUACCGGGGCAAUGGGGGCCUGGGCGAGCUCUCGGGCCUGGCGCUCCAGCAGUGGCAGAUGCUGAGCGAGGAGAAGCCCCUGGCCUGCCCCAAGUGCGAGCAUCCCGGGGGCCCUCUGGGCGGAGGCGGGGUUGACAACGGAGACCCCCGCCCUCGCCCGUUCGCCUGCCCCCAGUGCGGCAAGGCCUUUGGCAAGAAGGCCCACCUGACCCGCCACGCCCGCAUCCACACCGGCGAGCGCCCCUUCGCCUGCUCGCACUGUGGCCGUCGCUUCUCGCAGAAGAUCCACCUGGGCUCCCACGAGCGGGUGCACACGGGCGAGCGGCCCUUCCCCUGUGACCGCUGCCCCAAGAGCUUCCGCAAGAAGACCCACCUGGUGCGCCACCAGCUCACCCACACCGGGGAGCGGCCCCACCCCUGCGCCCUCUGCACCCGCAGCUUUGUGCACCGGCGGCACCUGCUGCGGCACCAGCGCCUCCACGAGGAGGGGGCCACGCCCGAGGGGGACCGCUUAGAACCAGGGCAAGCCCCGGGGAGCGUCAGCAGUGAUCCCCAGCCCCGGGCGGAUGUGGGUCUCUGUGGGCCCCCCACUGAACAGGGACAGGCUGUGGCUACCUCCGUUGAACUCGGACCAGCAGCACCCCCACCCGUGGAAGUCAGCGAGAUGGGGCCGACGGCCAUGUUGUACCGGGAACCAAGCGAACUGGUUCCAUUCCCCCCGUCCUGCAUGGGACACCCGGAAAUGUACCAGGGCUCCGUCCUAUUCAAGGCCCCAGUUGAGCAGGAGAUGGCCAGGCUCCCAUGCAUUGAACAUAACAUCCAGAGAGAGGUCAUGGCACUGGGUUUUCCUUAUCCGGAGCAAGGGCACUGUGGGCCUGUCUGCGGGGCACAGGAGCAGGCAGAGGGGGGCAACCCCUGCGUGGAGCCAGUGAGCAAGACCGAGCCAGAGGGAGACCCCGACACCGCCUGCCCGCAGCCAGAAGAGAAGCCGUUCCUCUGCUCGGACUGUGGGAAGGCCUUUGCCUGGAGGAAGAACCUGGCCUCCCACCAGCGGCUCCACACUGAAGGGGGGAGGCCCUUUUCCUGUGCGGAGUGUGGCCGGGGCUUCAGCGACAAGCGUCACCUUACAGCGCACUUGCGCGGACACAUGGGACUGCUGCCAUAUGCUUGUCCUCACUGCGAGAGGAGCUUUGCCCACCGGGCCGGCCUGGCCUCGCACCAGUGUGGGGGUCAUGCCGGGCAGCGCCCCUUUGCCUGCGCCGAAUGCGGCCGCUGCUUUGCCCACAAGCGGCACCUGCAACGGCACCGGCGCAACCAGCACUCGGCUGAGCGGCCUUUCUCCUGCGCACAGUGCGGCCGCACUUUCGGCACCCGGGCCAGCUUGGUGGCGCAUGUCAAAUCCCAUGCCGGCCAGCGCCCCUUCGCCUGUCCACUCUGUGGCCGGGCAUUCAGCCGGAAAUCCCACCUGGCCCGACACGAAGCCGUCCACACGGGUCUGCGGCCGCACGCCUGCACCCAGUGCCCCCGGCGCUUCAGCUCCAAGACCAAUUUGGUGCGGCACCAGGCUGUCCACACCGGCCUGCGCCCAUACAUUUGCACCCACUGUGCCCGGAGCUUCAGCCGCAAGACUCACCUCUUGCGCCACGAACGGACUCACACCACCACCACGGCCCCCUUGCCCAGCGCGACAGGUUGGGCAGUUGCCUCCUUGCCCCAGGGCUCCCUGCCUAGCCAACCCCAGCCAGAACAGCCCCUCAUCUUCCCUGUGGCUUUUGACUCCCAUUGGCAGUGACAAAAUGGCCACCCGCUUGUGCUCUCAGCAUUCAUUGACUCGGUUUGUGCUUAGUGCGCUACAAAAUUGGCAGAGUCACGCACGUUGUUAAAAGGAAUUAGAUGCCCACAAAUCAAUUUUAAACAAAAUACAAAUUACUGUAUGUCAUCGCAUAAUAGUCACUAUCUCCCAUUUUGGUAGGGAAAGGGGGGUACAACUGUGAUGCAAUGGCGACUAUUAUGUGGUGAAAAGAGCCCCAUUCUGGGGGGCCAAUAAAAGGAAUUAGAGGCCCACAAAUCAAUUUUUAACAAAAUACAAAUUACUGUACAUCAUCGCAUAAUAGUCACAAUCUCCCAUUUGGGUAGAGAAAGGGGGGGGUACAACUGUGAUGCAAUGGUGACUAUUAUGUGGUGAAAAGAGCCCCAUUCUGGGGGUCCAAUAAAAGGAAUUAGAUGCCCACAAAUCCAUUUUAAACAAAAUACAAAUUACUGUACAUCAUCGCAUAAUAGUCACAAUCUCCCAUUUUGGUAAGGAAAGGGGGGGGGGUACAACUGUGAUGCAAUGGCGACUAUUAUGUGGUGAAAAGAGCCCCAUUUUGGGGGUCGAAUAAAAGGAAUUAGAUGCCCACAAAUCCAUUUUAAACAAAAUACAAAUUACUGUACAUCAUCGCAUAAUAGUCACAAUCUCCCAUUUUGGUAAGGAAAGGGGGGUACAACUGUGAUGCAAUGGCGACUAUUAUGUGGUGAAAAGAGCCCCAUUUUGGGGGUCGAAUAAAAGGAAUUAGAUGCCCACAAAUCCAUUUUAAACAAAAUACAAAUUACUGUACAUCAUCACAUAAUAGUCGCAAUCUCCCAUUUUCAUAGGGAAAUUGGGGGGGGGGGUACAACUGUGAUGCAAUGGUGACUAUUAUGUGGUGAAAACAGCCCUAUUCUGGGGGUCCAAUAAAAGGAAUUAGAUGCUCACAAAUCCAUUUUAAACAAAAUACAAAUUACUGUACAUCAUCACAUAAUAGUCGCAAUCUCCCAUUUUCGUAGGGAAAUGGGGGGGGGGUACAACUGUGAUGCAAUGGCGACUAUUGUGUGGUGAAGAAGCAGGAAAAUCGCAUUCAAUAGCAUAUUAAAUCUGAUAUUUCUCUUAUUUUCUGAAAUCACCACUUUUGACCAAGGCAAUAAAAUGAUGAAAACUAAACCUAGCAUAAUUUAUUUUACUGUUGCUCCUCCUGUGGACUGACAACAGACUUUGCUCCCCUCUCCUGGAAUUUCCCACAUUAAGUGGGGUGUCUUCAGAUUUCUGCUGAAAUAGAUCUGAGCAGUCCAUCUUGACCACCCUGAGGACUAGAAACUUACAUUUGAGGGUGAAAUUAUCAGAUCCUUCAAAUGCUGGCCAAAACCGAACUGUGUGCUGCGUAUCAGCGAAUACACACGGACCCAGGCGCAUUCCCCAGCCGCCUGGUUUUUUAUUAGAUACACAAGACUCAACAGAAUAACCAGUAUUCUCAGUUUUAAACAAAGACGGGACUAUUUUUAAUAGUGAACCAGUCAUUUUAGUAGCAUCCCAAGGCAAUUGUAAAUUACGUUUUUGUAAAACUCUCUCUCUGAUGUAAACAAGAAUAAAGUGAUCAAAUUCUA